AGCGCGAGCGCAGGGCGCGCGCACCUAUAAAUACGGACUCCCGGGCCGGGCGGCCGGAGACCGCAGGGGCGGGGAGGGCCCGGGACCAGGCGAUCGGCCGCCGGCCGGCCAGCGAGCCAGCUAGCCGCGCGCGUGGGCCGGGGCGGCGGCGUCCCCAGCCGCAGCACCGAGGGGCGAGCAUGGCCCGCCCGCGGGGGGGCCGGGCCGCCGCGCACGCCGCCCGCGCCCCGCGCCCUGCCCAGCCCGGGUCACCGGCGCUCGCGCUCGCCGCUUAGCACUCGGGCGCCGCUCGCUUCUCCGGGGAUCGCGGAAAUACCGCCGCAGACGGACACAAUGGCGGCGACUGCCGCCACCACGGCCGCCACCGCCGGCACGGCCGCCUGCAGGAGCAGCAGCCGCGCCGGCACCGACGCCGCGGCCACCCGCGGAUCGCAGCCGCCGCCGCCGCCGCAGCCCCAGCCCGCGGCCGCCGCGCCGGCCCGGCCGCCGCCGCCGCCCGAGCCCCCCCGGAAGCCGCGCAUGGACCCACGGCGCCGCCAGGCUGCCCUCUCCUUCCUCACCAACAUCUCGCUGGACGGACGGCCGCCGCUGCAGGACGAGGAGUGGGGCGGCGGCGGCGGCGAGGAGAGCGGCGCGGCCAAGCCGGGCGCCGGCAGCGCCUGCGGCGCGAGGACUCGGCUCAGCCUGCUCGCCGCCGCCGAGCGGGGCGGCUGCAACGCGCUCGCCGCGGCGGGCACGGCGGCGGCGGUAGCAGCUGGAUGGGGCCCCUGCCUCCCGCAGCCCUCGCCGCUGCAACCCCUGGUCCCCGGCGGCCACGCUGCGGGGCUCGGGGCCGGGGCUGCCCGGGGCUUCGUGAGCCCCCUGGGCGCGGGCCGGGCGUCGGGGGAGCAGUUACAGCCGCCCCGGCCGGCGCCUCUCGCCUCCUGCGCUCCGCCGCAGCUGCCCGACCGGCCCGGGAACGCCGGGCAGGAGGAGUUGGAGGAGGACGAUGCCUUUUCCAGCGUGCAGGUGCCGACGGCCGCCUUUCUGGGCUCCGGGACCCCCGCGAGUGGGAGCGGCAGUCGGGGUCGCCUCAACUCGUUCACUCAGGGAAUCCUGCCCAUCGCCUUCUCCAGGCAGACUUCGCAGAACUACUGCUCCCUGGAGCAGCCGGGCCAGGGGGCCAGCACCAGCGCCUUGGAACAGUUGCAGAGGUCCCGACGUCGCCUCAUCUCCCAGAGGUCAUCCUUGGAGACUCUGGAAGAUAUUGAGGAGAAUGCCCCUCUACGGAGAUGUCGAACUCUCUCAGGUUCGCCCAGACCAAAGAACUUUAAGAAGAUUCAUUUUAUCAAGAACAUGCGGCAGCACGAUACCAGGAACGGCAGAAUAGUCCUUAUCAGUGGCAGAAGAUCCUUCUGUAGUAUAUUUUCAGUGCUGCCCUAUCGUGACAGUGCCCAAGUUGGGGAUUUGAAGUUGGAUGGAGGGAAGCAGUCCACAGGUGCCGUGAGCUUGAAAGAGAUCAUUGGCCUUGAAGGUGUGGAGCUGGGAGCUGAUGGGAAGACUGUUUCUUACACCCAAUUUCUGUUACCCACAAAUGCCUUCGGAGCCCGGAGAAAUACCAUAGACUCCACGUCCUCCUUCUCCCAGUUCCGUAACCUGAGCCACCGCAGCCUCUCCAUAGGACGUGCAAGCAGCACCCAGGGGAGCCUGGACACAGGUAGCGACCUGGGAGACUUUAUGGACUAUGACCCAAAUCUCCUGGAUGACCCCCAGUGGCCUUGUGGCAAGCACAAACGAGUUCUGAUCUUUCCUUCGUACAUGACCACAGUAAUCGACUACGUGAAGCCCUCAGAUCUCAAGAAGGACAUGAAUGAGACCUUCAAGGAGAAGUUUCCUCACAUUAAGUUAACACUCAGCAAAAUAAGGAGUCUGAAGCGAGAGAUGCGGAAACUUGCCCAGGAGGACUGUGGCUUCGAGGAGCCCACAGUGGCCAUGGCCUUUGUCUAUUUUGAGAAGCUCGCCCUCAAGGGAAAGCUAAACAAACAGAACCGGAAGCUUUGUGCUGGAGCAUGUGUACUGUUAGCAGCCAAAAUCGGAAGUGACCUCCGAAAGCACGAAGUCAAGCAUUUAAUUGACAAACUGGAAGAGAAGUUCCGGCUAAAUAGACGAGAACUGAUUGCCUUUGAAUUCCCAGUGUUAGUGGCCUUGGAGUUUGCUCUUCAUCUGCCGGAGCAUGAAGUCAUGCCCCAUUACAGACGCCUAAUCCAGAGCUCCUAGCACAGGCCCGAAGGAGGGCUACGGACCACUUCCUCGGAGCUUGUGGAAUAGCACUUACUACUGGAAAUGCAAAAACAGAACUUGGCAUACCAACCUUUUUUCCUCUCAACAUGUUUUUGAGUAGAAGCAGUACCGGAAACUUUUCAGGGAGUCCUGGUCUGGUGAGCCGGCAUGAGCCGUGAGCGGUUUAUUAUGCAGCAGGGGAAGGGGAGACCUGUGUGGAAGGUGGCAGAAGGCCUUUUGGCUUUCCCCAGGCAAGACUUCCCAGCUGUCCCCACGCUGGUGUUCUUCCUGGGUACAUACAAACCUCGCAAGCGUGGUCCGGGGCCUCCCCUCCAGACCUGAUCCAGCUUAGGAGUGCAAAGUUCUAGAGCAGAGUGGGGAAGAGAAUUUGCAGCAGCUGGGGAGGAGCUUUUAAAAGAUACCCUCACUGUGUCAAGAGAGUGUGCCAAUCUAUUUUUGUGUCCGCUCUUGGAAGUGCACUCCCACGCACCCCCCCCCCCAACCCGGGGUGUGUGAGGGGGAGAAUGUGUGUGUCUGAGAGAUUCCGUGUCAGCCGUCCUCGGCCCCCAAAGCCAGUCCCAGCCACCAGAGAGCAGACCUCUGCCUGGGGGUCCUGAGCCAACCUGACCUUCGGCAGUUAGUUCUAGAUAAUCUCUGGGUCCCGUCAUCCUCACUCUCUCCGUAACAGAUGGUCUGACAUCCUCUGCCCAUAGAAAAUGCCGUAGUUUCGGUUACUGCUCCUACCACCAACGGGACAAAGGACGAGUUCUCGGUGUGGGACAGGUCACGUGGAAAGGCGUGGCCGGCGUGCUCCGUAUCUUCCCGCCGCCUGGUUGCGUGCUGACCUUUGACCUUCGCACUUUGCCCGCUCUGGAGCCGGCUGGGGCUGUGCUCCGUGGUGUGUAUUCCUGUACUCUACGUUAGAGUGCGUAAUAAGCACAUUGAUUGUGCUCGCUCUGUAUAAAUAUUUUCUAAAAAUCCGGAGUAGCUGUAAGCUGCAUGAUUGCUGGUUGGAGGCUUCUGCCAGCUGGGACACACCGCAUCCGGAGCGGGGUUCGGUCAGCUGCAGAGGCAGGGGCUGCUCACCGGCCCGCACAGCGGUCUGUGCAGAAGGUCAGCUGGCCGGGACGACCGUGCUGAGGGCCGUCGCCACAGCCAGCCCCUCGCAGCUACAAGAGGGGGGCCUGCUGGGGUGCUCCUGACAGGAGGCGGCCUGGGGCCGUGUAAAAAAGAGAAUUAAAAGACUUUGUUUCUGUA